AUGGCGAUCAAUCUUACCCAGCGCAGUGCAGGAAGGGAGGGCUUGGCGGCGCGCUCCGGGAUGAAGGGCGCUAUUGUUUGGCCCGCCAAGCCGUCGCGCCGUGUGACGAUGCACUCUACUCGGCCCGAUACGGCGAGGGAGGGUACAUACUGCUCUUGUAAGAAAGGGGGGAUUGCGUAUCUCGCAGUGGCAGUGCAGUUCAUCGGUCGGGAUCGACGAACUGCAAGUUUUUCUGGUAAUCUUGAUGGUCUCGGACCGGACCGACUAGGCAGAGAAGUAUUGUUCGGCACGCGGGAAGCUACAGUCAUCAAGGUGGCUUCGGUGACGAGAAUAGUAGACGGCCAUUUCUUCCGUACCGAAAACACCCUGGUCUGCAGCUCGCCGAGAACGAGGUGA